AUGCUGGAGUGGCACAACUGGGAGGUCCAGCGCGCCGUGAGCGCCUUCAUGCUGGGCGAGAUCACCCCUCCCCGCAGCUUCCUCAUGGGCAACAACAGCAGCGGCAACAAUAACGCCUCCGCGGAUUCCUCGGGGUUUGGGGGGCUGGGCGGGGGAGCGUCAUCGGGGGCAGGGAUGGAGGGCAUGGUGGACGGGGAUGUGGGUGGGGGCGGGGAGGGGAGGGGGGUCGGGGGCGGCGCGGCUGGGGCUGCCCCGGGCGUUUUGUCCGUGGUCGUAGGGCUCACCAUUCCGGUUGCUGGGGAAGGUGAUAUCGUACGUCCUGUCCCCGAUAAACUACGUGCUGGGAGUGGAGGACCAACCCAAGGACGGCGGCGCGGCGGCGCGGCGGUUCGUGAAUCAGUUCGAGGCAGAGUUGCGGGCGAUAGGACAACAGGGUUGUGA